ACAUACAAGUUUCCUACUGAUACUGAAUUCAAAAUGACCAUCAUCCACAUCGUGCUUUUUGAGUGGAAGUCCACAGCAUCACCCGAACAAGUCGAGGAAGCGUGCAACCGCAUGCUGGCACUCAGCGACAAGUGCAUCCAUCCAACUUCACAGAAGCCCUAUAUCAAGUCCUUCUCCGGUGGCAAGAACAACAGCCCUGAAGGCCAUGCUGAUCCACAUACACACGGCUUCGUGGUCGAGUUCGAGAACGCAGAGGACCGAGACUACUACGUGUACAAGGACCCGGCGCACCAGGAGUUUGUGAAGUUUGCUGGAGAAGUCGCGAAUAGUGUGAAGGUGGUAGACUAUGAGCCGGGGAAGAUCUGAAGGCGGGGUGAGCGGGAAAGCAUGUACCAAUAGUCAAAUUAAAUUGCUAUGCCGUAUAUAACGCCU